AUGGAAGCAAAAUUAGCUUUCUUGUGCUUUAUUGUUUCGUUGUUUUCUCUAGCUCAUUCAGAAGACUUGAAGCUUAAUAUAAAAGUGACAACGUCAAUAGCUAAUACAGAUGAAAAUUUUAUUUGUGCAACUUUGGAUUGGUGGCCAUCUGAUAAGUGCGAUUAUGGUCAAUGUCCUUGGGGACAAGCAGGCAUUCUCAAUCUGGAUUUGAAUAACAAGAUCCUGAUAAAUGCUAUGAAGGCAUUCAACACUUUGAGAAUCAGAUUAGGAGGAUCAUUAGAAGAUCAAGUGGUGUAUAGAUUAAGACAUCCCAAAAAUUGCACAGGAUUCAUAAAGAAUCAAGAUGGCUUGUUUGGUUUUAGCACUGGAUGCCUUAAUCAUACUAGAUGGGAUCAAAUCAAUGACUUAUUCAAUAAAACUGGAGUGAAACUCACAUUUGGGUUGAAUGCUCUCCAUGGAAAGAAAAGAUCUAUGAAGGACAAAAUUCUUUGGGAAGGUAAUUGGAACUCACAUAAUGCUGCUACCCUCAUGGCUUACACUAUUUCAAAAGGAUACAAAAUUGAUUCAUAUGAAUUAGGAAAUGAGCUAUGUGGUGAUGGCAUUGGUGCCCGGAUAGAAAGUGUGCAAUAUGCAAAGGAUAUCACUGAACUUAGAAAAUUAGUGAAUAUGUUUUAUCCAGAUCCUGCUAAAAGACCCCAAGUGUUAGCCCCUGGUGGUUUCUACAAAAAAGAAUGGUUUCAUAACUUCUUGCAGAAUACUGCACCUAAUGUUCUUGAUGGAGUCACCCAUCAUAUUUACAACCUCGGCGCCGGUGUGGAUAAGACCUUGAUUAACAAGGUGCAAGACCCAUUUUUUCUAAGCCAAGUUGCUCAAACAUUCAAGGAUAUAUCAACAAGUGUUAAAGAGUAUGCACCAUGGGCUCAAGCAUGGGUUGGAGAAUCCGGGGGAGCUUAUAAUAGUGGAGGCAAAGAUGUGUCACAUACUUUUGCCAAUGGCUUCUGGUACUUGGAUCAAUUGGGCAUGACAUCAACAUUCAAUCACAAGGUUUAUUGCAGACAAACAUUAAUAGGAGGAAACUAUGGCUUGCUCAACACUACUUCAUUCAUCCCUAACCCAGAUUAUUAUGGAGCCCUAUUAUGGCAUCGGCUUAUGGGAACCAAAGUACUCUCUGUCAACCAUGAAGGUUCACCAUAUUUGCGUGCAUAUGCUCAUUGUUCCAAGAAUAGGGCUGGUGUGAGUGCAUUACUGAUAAACAUGUCGAAUUCUACUUCAUUCAAUGUGACUGUCAAUAUAGACAUGAAUUGGUACCCGGAGCAACAAGUUUCAAGCUCAAAGAUGAGAGAAGAGUACCAUUUGACUCCAAAGGAUGGAAAAAUUCAAAGUGAUGUUGUGUUGCUGAACGGAAAAGUUUUGAGUUUGACCGAGUUUCAGGAUAUUCCUUCCAUGGAGCCAGUGCUUGUGGAUCCUUCUUCUCCAAUCAAUGUGGCUGCCGAUUCCAUUGUCUUUACUUAUUUCAACAACCUUGACGCACCCGCUUGUGCAUAG